AUAUGUUUCAAAACAUAUGCUCUAUCUGAUUCUCUUUGUUUUUGGUGUUUAUAUAAAGUCGAGACUGAUUGGUGUGUUCUGUAGUUCAGUUAGCUGAUAGGUUCUUGUCAUUACAAUCUGACAUAAUGCAUCUAAAAACUAUUUGCACCGUAUUUUUUGUCCUGGCCUUGACUUUGGUUGCUGGCCAAGAACGGGAUUGCAGGGAAUUGGAACGCAGCUGUGAAAGAUGCGUGGAAAGGCUUCACAAUCCAAAUGAUCGUGAGCUGCCCUUCUUCAACAGGGAGUGCAGGGAAAAGACACGAAGGACUUGGAUCUGGAGGAAUGUAGGCCGUUGUGAGCUCUCACGUAUUAACUGCAUUGGUUGGGACCGACGCAUGAACUGUGGCGAAAUUGCUGAAGUGGCUGGCAUGCGCAGGAGAACUGAUUAGCCAAAAACUAAUGAUUAAACGAAUGAUUAAUAAAUAAAAACUCAAGAGAGCAUUGAAGUAAAAUUGUAAUCUCGUUUAAUUAAAAUGAAAAAUAUAAAAAUGUUAAAUCCAGUAAAUUAAAUUUCUUCAUGCCAUUGAUGCAUCGCAUAACGCA